AUGGGUAAUUUUCCCGGCCACGCCCUUCCUGGAUCUUUCUUCAUCAUCUUUGGCUUAUGGUGGACAAUCCACAUGUUCAACCGUUUUUAUCUUGCCAAGGCCCGCAAUUCAAAAUUCCGAUCAUCUGCCAUAUUUAACUGCCCUUUUUUGUGUGGGCGACUGAAGGAAUGGCCCUUAGAAGCAUACUUCAAGUUGAUUUGUGUGAGUGUUGGAUUUUACUUUGAAAUCAAGACAGGAUUCUCGAGUGAUUGGAGAUUUGUUAACACCGGCAAUGGGCAACACGCAACAAUGUUUUUCUUCUUUGGAGUAAACGCCGUCAUAGACAUUUUGGUGUAUUUUAAAUGGCCUCUUCCGCCAAACAUGGAAUAUGUAUCGGGUGUUCUUGCUUUAUUGUGUGAAUACUUGUUAUUUAAGUUCCAUUUACACGGAAGGACAGAUCUUGAUGUUUUGCUGCACACUUUACUCCUGCAUGCCAUUGUAGCUUGCAUGGUCGCCUUAGCCCUUGAAUUAAAAUACCGUGACAACAUUCUGUGUGCGCUGAGUCGAGCUUAUUUUAUGCUUCUACAGGGGACAUGGCUCUGGCAAAUUGGCUGGAUUUUGUAUCCACCAUUUGAAAGCUCAUUCCGAUGGGACAAAGAUGACCACGAGCAGAUGAUGAUCGCGACGAUGAUUUUUACGUGGCACGCAAUGGUUGUACUUCUAACCAUGCUCGCAAUAGGCGGAGUUCUAGCUUUUAUUCAUCGUAAAAUGAACCUGUACAGGAAAGAGGACACUUUCAAGUUUAAACCGUUAAUCAAACCUACAAGCAAUGGUGACAGUGUUCUGCAGCUUCAUGAUGAAAGUGAAAGCGAUCAGGACAUCGAGCAGACUACUGCUCUUACGUAA